ACGGGCGUUAUGCAUCCCGAGCCGCGCCAUGCCAUGGAAACAAGCUGCAGGAGCCACCUUCUUGACCUUCUCCUCCUCUCCUUACUACUUUCUCCCAUUCCUCCGAGAGCCUUUGCCGCCGAUGAUGUUGCCGGCGACACGUUCAGCAAGGGCCGCAACAUCACUGACAACGAGACGCUCGUCUCGGCCAACGGCGCAUUCACCCUGGGUUUCUUCUCCCCCGGGGUGUCAUCCAAGAGGUACCUCGGCAUCUGGUUCUCCGUGUCCGGCGACGCCGUCUGCUGGGUGGCCAACCGUGACCGCCCUAUCAACGACAACUCCGGCGUGCUCAUGGUCAGCGACACGGGGAGCCUUCUCCUGCUGGACGGCUCCGCCGGCCGGAUCGCGUGGUCGUCGAACUCCAGCAGCACCUCCCCCGUGGAGGCGCAGCUGCUGGACGUCGGCAACCUCGUCGUGCGCAGCCGCGGCAGCGCCGCCAUCCUGUGGCACUCCUUCGACCACCCGUCCAACGUGCUGCUGUCCGGCAUGAAGGUGGGCAGAGACUUCUCGACUGGCGCCGAGUGGUACCUCACGUCAUGGCGCUCCGCCGACGACCCGUCCCCUGGAGCCUACCUCCGGAAGCUGGACACCAGCGGGCGCCCCGACAACGUCGUUUGGCACGGCGGCGUCAAGACGUUCCGCACGGGCCCGUGGAACGGCGUGCGGUUCGGAGGCAUCCCGGAGGUCCUGGCGUACCAGGAGGGGCUGUUCGACUACCAGAUGGUGAUGAGCUCGCGGGAGGUGACGUACGGGUACAAUGCCCGGCGCGGCGCGCCCUUCACCUACGUCGUGCUGACGGACGGCGGCGUGGUGAAGCGCCUGGUGUGGGACGCGAGCAGCCGGGCAUGGCAGACCGCGUACCAGGGGCCGAGGGACGUGUGCGACGAGUACGGCAGGUGCGGGGCGUUCAACCUGUGCAACAUCAGCGCGGCGGCGACGUCGUUCUGCCGCUGCCUCGCCGGGUUCGGGCUGGCGUCCCCCUCGAGGGCCUCGGGCGCGUGCCGGCGGAACGUGGCGCUGGACUGCGCCGCCAACGGGAAGACGACGACGGACGGGUUCCUGGUGGUGCCCGGGACGAAGCUCCCUGACACGCACAACUCGUCGGUGGACACGGGGAUCACGCUGGACGCGUGCAGGGCGAGGUGCCUCGCCAACUGCUCCUGCUUGGCCUACGCCGCCGCGGAUACCAGCGCGGGUGGCAGUGGCACCGGCUGCAUCAUGUGGGCAGAUGAUCUGCUCGAUCUCCGGUACGUCGAGCAAGGGCAGGAUCUCUACCUGAGGUUGGCAGCGUCCGAGCUUCCGCCACCGCUGUCACCGCCGGCGUCAGGAUCCCGGUCCCGGGCUUUUCCUACUGCGCCUGUCGUUGCUGCAUCCGUAGCUUCCUUCGUCGGGAUUCUUCUUAUUGCUUUCUUGGUCCUGGUGGUGAUUAGGAGGCGCCGCCGGAGACCUCCGAUCCCAGCUGCUCAAAGCAUUAUUCCGCUUCCGCCUACGGAUCAUCCAACUAUUGUUCAGUGUACUCCACCGCCGACUGUCCCUUAUGUUGAACUGUCUAGCCUGAUGAGGGCCACUGGAGAUUUCUCUGAAAGCAAUAUCAUUGGACGCGGUGGAUUUGGAAUCGUGUAUGAGGGGCAUUUACCUGAUGGUAGAAAGGUUGCUGUAAAGAGGCUCAUACGACCUUCUGAUGCUGAUGAAGGCAGUGAUGCUUUCAUGAGAGAAGUGAAAGUGAUGUCAAAGCUCAGGCAUGGCAACCUUAUUCAGCUCCUUUUUUACUGCAAGGAUGGGAAUGAGCGAGUACUGGUCUACGAGUACAUGAAGAAUAAGAGUUUGGACCGCUACAUAUUCGGAGGAGAUCCUAGACUCCGGGCUUUGCUAAAUUGGGAGCAACGGCUAGAGAUAGUUCGUGGGGUUGCCAGAGGCGUUGCUUAUCUUCACGGACUAAGCGAGGAAGUCAUCCACAGGGACUUAAAACCAUCCAAUAUACUUCUAGAUGACAAUUGGAGGCCUAAGGUUGCAGAUUUUGGCACCGCAAAGCUGUUUGUUGUUGACCAAACAAAUCCAACAAUCAUAGAAUCAGCGGGAUACACGGCUCCCGAGUACUCCAAUGAACGGUACCUGACACUGAAGUGUGAUGUGUAUAGCUUCGGAAUCAUCUUGUUGGAGAUUGUCAGUGGGCGAAGGAACAGAACCACCCCAACGCUCCUUUCUGAUGCCUGGGAGUCCUGGAAUCAAAGUAGGACCCGCGACCUUCUUGAUCCAGCUGUAGGGCAACCGGAGCCCGAGCUCUUGUUUGAGCUGGAGAGAUGCGUGCAGAUAGGCCUUGUCUGCGUGCAACAAUCGCCUGAUGACAGGCCUGCCAUGUCCGCAGUGGUUGCGAGGCUAAACAACAACGGCUUGCAGAUCCGUCCACCCAAGAGACCAGUGUUGGACAGCAGUACCGAGUCUCCUGCUCUCCACGAAGCCGAUCGGUCAAGCCAGGAAGCAUCUGGGACAUCACGCAGCAGCUACUCGAUAUAUCUCACAUAAAUAGUUAUUUCAUAAUCUUCAUUUUUUUAUUAAUGAGGUGGUUGCUUCAUGAAACAACCACAUCUUUCUCUUACUUUUCUGUAUCUACUUCACAUCAUUAAAAAUCUAUAUAGCAUUGUAUGA